AUUUCAAACAUGGUGGCAGCUUCGAUUCCGGUGACCAUCUUGACGGGGUUCCUCGGCGCUGGGAAGACGUCCCUCUUAAACAAUCUUCUCUUGCAGCAGCGCCAACUGAAGAUCGCUGUGAUCGAGAACGAGUUCGGCGAAGUGGCAAUCGACAACGACCUCCUCGUGUCGAAUGCGCUGAGUGUCGCGGACAAGGUGAUUGUGCUCGAGAAUGGCUGCAUGUGCUGUACGGUGCGCGGAGACAUCUUGGGUGCGUUCGCUUCCAUCGCUGAACAAGUUGCGAGCGGACAUCCCCUGGACAUGGUGCUCAUCGAAACGACGGGCAUGGCUGACCCACUCCCCAUCGUCCGCACCAUCACCCAAACGCCGAGCAUCACCGCGUCGUUCCACAUGAAAGGCGUCGUGACCCUCGUGGACGCGUGCAACAUCCUGACUCUCCUUGGCAGCGACAACGCCGAGGCUCAGUCCCAGAUCUCCCUGGCGGACCUCGUCAUCCUGUCCAAGGUCGACCUCGUGCCGCACCCGCAUGUCCACCGCGACAUCGCGGCGCGCAUUCGAGACCUCAACCCGACCGUGCCCAUCUUGCCGUGUGUCCGCGGCGAUUUGGAUUUUACCGCCAUGUUCGAUCGCCUGUCUGGCUUUGACUUGACCAAAGUAGAAGACUCUUUCGACAACUCUACCACCGACGACCACAACCAUCAUGACCACGCUUGCCACGACCAGUGCGAUCACCAUCACGGUGACAAUAGACACACUCAGACCAAAUCGUUUGCGAUCGUCGAGCCCCAUCUCGUGGUAGAUCCGUUUCUGUUUGCGCACUGGAUGCGCCGCCUUGUCUUGCCCUCCAAGGACUCUAUUGCGAAAAACGUCGUACUCUAUCGGUCGAAGGCCAUCUUAUCCGUCGCGGGGAUGACAAAUAAGCUCGUGUUCCACGCCGUGGGCGAUGUCGUGGAUCGCGAAUGGCUCGACGUGCCCGCCGUCCAUGGGUGCAAGAUUGUGUUCAUCGGCCGCAACCUGGACGAACGCCAAGUGCGCGCCGACUUUGACGCGUUGCUACGACCACACCGCCCCAUGAUUGUCCCUGGCACUUCAAGUGCCACGUCCGAGCGAUUCACCGCGAUGCACGCCGCCGAUCCGCACCUCGUCCAUCGCAUCAUGGAGUUUGCCACGUCGAAAGACGUUGUGCGCGUCGCAAGCACGUGUCGAACGCUGCACUUGGCGCUCACGAACUUGCAGCACCCUCGUUCAAGUUCGUCGUGGCUUGGAUUGGCCCACGAUCCUCGCCACGGCGGACCGUACCUGCACCCCGGGGUGGCGUUGCCCAACAUCCCAACGUACAUGCGCGCGUACGAGGCGGCGAACGUCGAGUUCGUGCCCUUUGGAGGCCUGAAAUUCCCCACGGCGGCCCACGUCGACGCCGCCGCAGUUGCAUGGCUCGAGCUCGCGCGCUUGGCAGAACCGUCGUGUCGAUCGUACGCGCUGGAUUUCACGUGGCGCCCAGAGACCAUCGCCGCGUUUUUCGGGGCGCCCACACCCAUUCAAACGAGCUCAGCUUUGGUGAAAAUCGAGUAUGACGUGGCCGCGUCCGACGACUUUGACGAAGCCGCGACAGAUAUCUUGCGCUUUCGGGUGUUUUUAAUCCCGGCCGUGUCGGGGGAUGACGUGGCAGGCUACCGCCUCGUGUUUCAACUCACGGGGGGCCGCACGUCGUCGCAGGUGUACCAGAUCUCGUUCCAUUCUAUCCAUCCGGCGUUCCAAGUGCAUGUGGCCGUGCCCGAUCACCGCGUACCCCGCGCUGAGACCAAGGAAGUGUUCUACCCUGGCCAUCCAUUGCUGCAUGCCGUCCAGACAGAGCACGCGCUGCGGUUUGUCGUGCGCGUGAAACCCGACGGCAGUGGCCCCCUCGGUGAAAUGUGUGGCUGCUGUUGAUCGGUCAGGAAUCGAGACAACCACGCGCCUCGCGUUGAGUCUGUUCAUACGACUAACUACUAGUACAGUAUAGGGAAUGCAUACUAGUAGCAUACUAGUAGUGUAGAGGAUGCAUGCUAGUACCGGUAGAUUAGAAAUGCAUACUAGUAGUGUAGAGAAUGCUCCUAAUAAUAACAUUGGGGGGUGCUCUGUAACGAUGAAUACCCAAACAUAUAUACUUCA